AUGACACUUGAGUCUCGCAAGGACCACCCAGUUUACAAGGGGCCACACGAACCAGGUAAUGUGUGUAUUUCUACAGCUUGUUGUUACUGGAUGUUCACUCCAUGUAACCGACAAUGUGGUGGCGGCAAUAAAACUUUGGAGAUGAGGUGUGCUGAUUUGGUAUUGAGUAAAAUUACAGAAAAAUGCAAUGAGUUCUGUUACAACGGGGAACUGGAUAAAUGUAGAGAUGGGACAGCUAACUGUAACCAUAUUUGUACAAACACGCCUCGAUCUUUCAAAUGUUCUUGUAGGAGUGGAUACAGCCUCGAUACUGAUGGUCACACCUGUUCCGAUAUCGACGAAUGUCUUUCCGGUGUAGCAAAAUGCAAACAAAGAUGUAUCAACACACCAGGAUCAUAUCGAUGCGCAUGCGGUCCAGGGUAUGAGUUAUCUACAGAUGGUUCUUGCAAAGAUAUAAACGAAUGCAACAAAAACAAUGGAGGAUGCAUGCAUAUUUGUACCAAUGAGCCAGGUUCCUUCAGUUGUAAAUGCCGCAAUGGAUACAAGCUGCAGGCAGAUCAGUUUUCUUGUACCGAUAUCGAUGACUGCCUUGGUGUUAUUUGUGAGAAUGGUGGAUCAUGCAUUGACAAUUUAGGCUCAUACACGUGUUUCUGUUCUAAAGGGUUUACAGGAAAGAAUUGUGAAAAUGAUGUCAACGAGUGUUCUGGAUUCCUACAUGGUGGAUGCGAAGACAUAUGUAUAAAUACAGUCGGCUCUUUCCUUUGUAAAUGCAGUGGUAACACCACUUUGAACAGCGAUGGCAUUUCUUGUGCUGAAGUCAACAAAUUGUCUCUACCAGUUUCCAUUACCGGUAUAGAAAUUGUGAAAAGCAAUGAUAAUUUUGCCAUUGUGACAGGUUCCCUUGCUUUUAAUGAUAAAGAUGGUAUCGCAUAUGGAGAAGAAAGAAAACAUGACUGUGUUACUUUCUUUACAACUCCAAGAGAUAUUCGUGACUUUCUAACAUCAUCGUCAUUUAUGAAGUCUGUUUUUGCAAAUCUCGAAGAUGUUCUGCCUGACUGGAUAAAGUUUUCACAGACAGGGGCAGACAUCUUAGGCAUAUUGAAGAGCGUGUUUCUCGAAGAAUGGAAAGCUUAUAUGAAGCUUAAACUCCUUGGGUCUAUAAGUCUUACAUUUAAACUGUUUGGCAAAAGCCAGACUUUAACACUUAAAAAUGCAGGUGCAGCCGAUAUUGAGGCAUAUGCUUCUCUUGGAGGACUGAUGCAAAGAAAAUGGUGUGGUAAAGAUGCAAAUCCCGCUGGAAUAUUCACCUCAUUAAUGGUUGAUGUCAAUCCAUUUCGGGAAGUACCUAUUCUUAAGCAUGGGCUUUUUGAUUUCAGCAACAGGGUAUACGUAUAUUUUGCUACAGAUCCCACGCCUACAGUCAACACGGGUAACAAUAUUGAUAUUAUCCGCGACAUUAUUGACUUGAAAGGAAUGACAGAAAUAUUUAUAAAUACAACUGUAGAAAACGUCUUUCGAUAUAGCUCCCUGUUUGUCAACCAGUCAGUGGUAAUGCUCAGUCAUCUUCAGAAUUCAGCUAGGCAACUAACCACAUCUUUGGAAAUCUUUGUACAGGAACUAAACAAAGGAGAAGGAAAUAUCAUAUCUCAUCUUGUUGGAAAUAUUUCGAAAAUUUGGAACAAUGGAUGGAAAAGACUGCAAAAGGACGCUGAAAACUUUUUAGAUUCUAUAGAACACAAUACAGUUGUAGCUAAGUAUAACUUCACAAGACUAAUAUAUCGAGAAAUAGAUCAUUUAAAGGAAAAUAUCCAAAACGUUAUUGAUAAGAUUACUGCACAGAUUAUGCAUCUAUUUGAGAAUCCUCAGGGUUUCGGAGUUCGGUAUAAAGGUAGCCUCAAAAUAUUUUUUCUGAAAAUUGCGGGCCUUGAAAUUGAACUUGUUUAUUCCGUAGAUCGGUUAGGAACAUGUGGUCGUUUCAGUAAAGUCUACGAAUUACUGAGAGGUGAACGUGCUGCAAGAAUAUAUGCUGUGGUUUCAACUGGUCUUGUCAAAUUAGCCCCAUUCCUACGCAUGCACGUCGGGGAUGGCAUUGGAGUUGCCAUGAGCAUCGAUACGCCAGGAAAAAUGAUAGCACAGUCACAUGCAGAAGCUAACGUUCUUGGAAUUUCUGCUAACGUGGACGUUUUCCUAACUCAGACUGGACACUACUUCAUCAUGCAAGGUAAGGUCUGGAACACAUUUAUGGCAGAACUAACCGUGUCAUUUGAAAGUGCUGGGAACGGAAUUGAAUCAUUUGAUGUUCGUGGAAGACUACUAGCAAACGCUGGGGAAGGCGACUCGUUUGAGAGUAGUUACCUCGACGGACUUAGAAAGAUUACACGAAAAGUUGCAGACGAAGCAAAUAGACGGAUAAGUAGUGUUCAGAAUGCAUUUAGCACUGCACAGCGAGCAUUAACCAAAGCACAAGACUGGCUAGAAGAAAAGAAAGAUGUUUUUUUAAGUGCUAAUAAAGCUUUUGACAAAGCAGUGCAGUCAUUAGAACACGCAAAAGAUAAAUUGGAAGAAGCUAAAAUUCCUUUUAGAAACGCAUUGAAUAAACUUAAUGAAGCGAAGAGAAAGGUGGAUAGUUUAUGCAAGAUAAGAGACUGCAGACGAAUAUGUGUUCCAGGCAUUAAGUGUAGAAUAUGUUGGAAAAAGGUUUGGUUUGUCAAAAUACCUUAUCCUUGUUGCCAUUUUACGAGUUGCAUGUUUUCGUUCCCAGACCCGAUUUGUGUUGCAUUUAACCUAGGCUGUAGAGCUAUACGUGCUGCUGCAUACGUAGCUCUAGAGGCUGCGAAACUAUUUGUUCGAAUUCCUAUGUUGGCAUUAGACGCUGCUAAACACCUUGUCUCAAGUGCACAAUUUGUUGUUGAUAAAUCAAGAGUAGUUCUUGACAUAGCUAGCGGGGCCCUUGAUUUGGCACAGCUAGGUUUGGAGGGAGCCAAAGGAGUAUUGGAAGGAAGGAAAUAUGCACUGGAAGCGGUAAAGAAGGUUGUUGGAUGGGGUCUAAAAGCUUUAGAUUUUAUCAUAGAAUAUGGUAUACAGAACAUUAUUGAUGUGCGAAACUGUGGAUUUGAAAUGAAAGUUUAUGACUCUACUGUAUUUCAUGUUGAGUGUGAAAUCAACUUGUUUAGACAGGGGUUCAAACUCGUUAAACUUGGCGUAAAUUUUGGUAAUCACAUGCAAAGUAUUUGGCAAGCCGCAAAGGGAACUGUAGAUACAUUUGUUGAUGUAACUCGUCUUUCAGGAAGAAGGAAGCGAGAAAUAAAAUCUGAGGCUAUGUCUGGACUACAUAAAGUAAUACGAGCAGCACGUAAUGCAGAUAUGACGUCUGGCGAUUUUGAUUUAUAUAUAAACGAUACGAUUGAUACUAUCUUCAGCACAAGCGGAUUUAAACGAAAUGCUUCUGCCGGGGACUAUGAAAAUAGAGUAGAAGUGUUUCAAGAAAAAUGCGAUAUAAUGCGUAAUGCAAUGUCAUUUUUUACGGAAGCUGUACAAGUUCUUUUUGAAAUGUCGAAUGAAACAGCAAAGACCUUAAACAAUGCGUCGUCUUUGGACGGAUCGCUAGGAGGAUUUAACAUUGACGACAUAGCGUCAAAUUUCUCCAUUGAAAAUAUCGGCGUUAACUCUGACGCAGCUUUCAACGAAUUCAAUAUGAGUGUUGAGGAUAUCGAAGGGGCUAUCAAAGAGGCAAAAGACAAUUUGACAAAUGAUCCUUCGCUUUCUGGUAUCGAUGGUUUAUCAAAAGAAGCAAAAACCUUUCUUAUAAACCAAACAGACGAUGCAAACAGUAUUAACCUAGUCAACCACUGGCUUCUUCUGGUGGAAAAUUCAACAUCCGAAUAUUUUCCUGAAGAAAGUUGCAUUUCGUUCUUGGACUGUGCUCAUUUUGCCGUCUAUCAACUGUACGGAUUAUUUGACGCAGAAAAUGUAACAGACAUGUCUAAGAGUUUAAAGGUUAUAUCUCAUUUUGAAGAUCUCUUUCUCGAAUUAACAGGAAAUGCAUCUCAAACAGUUGUUGAGGUCUACGAUCUAACACUGGCAAUGACAACGACACUCAAGGCAAUCAACGAUUACGAUGUGUUCUGCUCUGAACCACCGACGAUGUUAUCUCAAAUAGGAAAUCAAAAUGUCACAGAGGGAAGCAUCUUACGACUUUAUUGCAAUGUAACUGGCAACCCUCCUCCUCAGAUAUGGUGGUACCGCGAAGAUGAAUAUUUACCGGAACAAUCGGGUAGAAUCCUUGAAAUCAAUAACAUAUCAAAGACAGACGAGAAGAAAUAUCGUUGCAUCGCCGGAAAUCUGGUAGCAAAUCUUUCAUCAGAUUUUGCCUAUGUCUUUGUAUCAGAAGAUACCCCGGAAACAGUUACAUCAACACCACAGUUGAACAGUCCGAUAUCGACCGAUGCGACAUUUAAAGGCAAGAAUAAGAGCAAGAAUAUCAGGCAGUCUCGGAAGUUACACCAGUUUGAACAUGGUGCAACCGGUUGUCCGCCACCCCAUGAUAACGCAAAGGACAUCUCAUUGGAGACACCUUUAGAGUAG